AUGGGAGAAACAAAAAUUUUGGGCGUAGAAACUCCAACAAAGGAGGCAACAAUUUCAAUAAUCAACAACAAAGCAACAGUCCCAAUCAUCAACAAGGAAGCAACAGUUCCAAUAAUUAACAAGGAAGCAGCAAUUCAAAUAAUCAAAAUGGAAGAUCAUCCCUUCAAUGCUAUGUUUGCAACAAAUAUGGGCAUAAAAGUGCAGAUUACCGAUACAAAUGUACCCGGUGCAGGAUACCCAACCAUUCACAAAGAGACUGCAGAUACCAGAAAAACAAUGAAGCAACUUUUACGGAGAACAAUGACUCUCAAGAGAAAUUGUUUUAUACAUGUUUCAGUUCUCAUCAAGAUUCACAAGAUGUUUGAAGAAAAAGUGAACUCACAAGUCAAGCUUGGUGAUGGAAAACUACACAACGUGGAAGGAUUCUUGGUGAAAUUUGAAGAUGACUGUUGUGAGAUUUCUGAUAAAAAGAAUAAUACUCUGGUGGCAAAGAUAAAAAUGACAACAAACCAAGUUUUUCCCAUGUUGAUGACAUCAAAGGAAAACUUUGCUUUGGAAGUAGAGAAAAUUGAUGGAUCAUUGUUAUGGCAUCUAAGAUAUGGGCAUUUGAAUCAAAGAAGCCAGCAGCUGUUGCACCAGAAAAAUAUGGUGGUUGGACUUUCGUCUAUUCACUCUGAAAAGGAAAUAUGUGAAGGCUAUAUUUGCGGACCAACUCGUACACCAUCCUUCAAUAACAAAAGCAAUUCAAAGCUUUUGGAGAAAAUCAGAGUGGUCACAAUUUGA